GAUUGUAGUUCCAGGGGCAAAGUGUUUCUUCCCUCUAUCUCCUGUUGAUAUGAUGAUAGCUUCUGCUGGGUCCCACCAUGCACAGGAGGCAGAAACCCAGUGUUCCCCAACACCAGAGGGAUCUUGCAGCUCAUGGAGGAGCUCUACCCAUGUCCCACAAUGACACUCGCACUUUUUUUAACUUCUCGCAGCUUGUGCUCUCUGCUGGGCCUAUCAAACCACCACCAGCCCUCAAACAUUCAAAAAUCACUUACUUUGAGGUGGAAAUUCUCGAUGUGCAAAGCAAGAAGCAGAUCUGCAUUGUGGACAAGAUACCUCCAUCAUCUACCCUUCUGGAUGUGAAACACAAAUUUCACAAAGCGUGUCCCCAGUGGUACCCUUCCCGUGUCGGACUGCAACUGGAACGCAAUGGGCCUUUUUUGAAGGAUUCUGUUAACAUCCAAAGCCUUGCCGUUUCCUCCAUCAUCACGCUGUAUUUUACAGACCUGGGUCAGCAGGUCGGAUGGACCACAUUUUUUCUAACAGAAUAUACCGGCCCUCUUCUAAUAUAUCUGCUCUUUUACAUUCGCCUCUCAACUAUUUAUGAUCAAGUGGAAAGUACAAAGAACUUCCGUCACCCAGUGGUUCACUUGGCCUGCUUCUGCCACUGUUUACACUACAUCAGACAUCUUCUGGAGACAUUAUUUGUUCACAAGUUUUCGGGAGGGCACACUCCUCUGAAAAAUAUGAUAAAGGGCUGUGCCUUUUACUGGGGAUUCACAUCCUGGAUUGCAUACUACAUCAACCACCCACGUUAUACCCCACCAUCGUUUGGCCACAGACAAGUUUCUUUUGCUGCCCUUGCUUUUCUGAUGUGUGAAGCUGGAAAUCACUUCAUCAACGUAGCUUUAGCUCACCAAAAUCAUUCAGGAAGUAAAGCCUGUUUUCCAAGUCCAACCUACAACCCCUUCACGUGGCUCUUCUUCCUGGUGUCCUGUCCCAACUACACGUACGAGGUCGGGUCUUGGAUUAGUUUCACAGUGAUGACACAAACCCUGCCAGCUGGCAUUUUUGCUUUCCUGAUGGUCAUCCAGAUGUCUCUCUGGGCCCAAAAGAAACACAAGCUGUACCUGAAGAGGUUUUACCCAGAGGUGCGGAGAAAAGCAGCUAUGAUUCCCAUCAUCUUCUGAGCUCUUCACAAGAGUUGGAGCCUGAGUCUACAGUUCAAGAGCUGACUCAGAGUAAAUGAGCCAUUUCAUUCAGUAACCAAAGCAGAUCAGAGGAAGAACUACUGGAUAUCUUUCUCAGAAAAUUAACAGUUCAAGACGAAGAGCUUUUAAUUAAGUGAAAAAAUGUAGCUCUUGAAUUCUUGGUUCUUGCUAAAAGAUAUGAUUUAAUUAGAUUUUCUGUAAUGGAGCUAAUUGGGAAGGGACAAGAAAAUUGCUUAUAUUAAAUGUUAGGCUAGAUAUUUAGCUGGUGUAAAUGGGCACAGAUGCUGCUAAAAUUAACAAAUACAGCUCAUUUGCAUGCAUUCAGGUCUAGUGAUUCUAAGGUUCAGUGUUAGAUGUUGACAAGAGUCUUGGAUUUUUGCAUCAGAGGAUGUUUCACAGCCUUACUUUUAUUAAACUGCACAGAAACAGCACAUUCUGCCUCAGCUCCUCUAAAGCAUCACAUCAAAGAGCAACUGCUAUGCUGUUAACACAGUUUAGUCUAGCUUUACAAGGUUUUUAUUCUCUUUUUUUUUUUUUUUUAAUUGAAUCUCAUAGCAAAUUGUUCAAUACAAAUUGGCUUACAUUGAUCACUGCAGAGAGGUCUGGCUCUCUUUUAUUUUCAGGUGGGCAGAUCAUCCCAAAAGAGGAAUGUUUGGGAGGUACUUCCCAUCUUGUUACUAAUUUGCAGCAUGACCUUGGGGGUCCAUGGUUUCAGUCCAUCUCUCUUUCUCACACUGAACAUUUCUGGAAAGAGCAGAAGACUUUCUCGACUGACAAGUGUGUUAAGCACAAUUUUAGUUACAGAGAGCAAAAGAACCAGAACUGCUUCAGCGAGUAUUAAGAUAUGGAGAGUUAGGGCAUUAAGCCCAGUUUUAAUUCUAUUUGUGUUGGACAUUUAUCAAUGUCUUUUGGCUCCCUCAGGCUGGUGAACAAGCUUGCCUAGAGCUUCAGUGAUGAGAGAAACACCAGAGUACACGAGCAAGGCAGGCAGAUCCUCUCCCAAAGUCAUUGUGCCAGCUCAAGUGUCCUAACAAAGUUAAUUUGCCCAGUAAAUUGGGUUCAUAUCCUUCUUCUAAUGUCUAAGUUGCAACACUUAACUCUAUUAGCCACUGGAACUCAAUUUCAUUGUGGAAAUGUAAAUAAAUUGCUUUCCGUAUUUUUUAACUUUAACCUGUGAACACCUAGAAUGUUUUAUUCCUCUCAGUGGAAAACCUGAGUCACACUGAACAUCCAGUUCUCUAACCCAGACUGCUAAUAAAGAUCUAUUUUUGAAAAAUCA